GGUCGUUUUUUUCUAGUUUGUAGAAAUGAUCUACGAGCUACAAGGUACGAAUAUCGAUUGGGAAUACAAGGCGUUGCGUUCCAGGCGUCAUAGUUUGACAAGUGUCGAAGGAGUCAGUUGGCCAAGAGGUCUUGUUCUGGGAGGAUCUGGAACGAUUGGCACUAUGAAGUAUGAACGGGGGAAUCGACGGGAUUACGAUGUCUGGAAGCAGCUCGGCAAUGUUGGAUGGGGUUGGGAAGAUGUAGUAGAGUAUUUCAAUAAAUCAAUCAGGCACACGGACAAGCUGCAUAGAACAGAAGGCUUCCUAAGCGUCGAUAACUAUGAGGCUCGAGAUCGAAUUAAUAGGCUAUUUAUAACAGCAGCCAAAGAAUUGGGAUUUGAACAGUUGAGCAAUUUGAAUGCGGAUCAAAAUUUAGGCGUAACAUGGGCUCAGUUCAUGAUUGAAAAUGGCACUCGUUGCAGUCCAGCAAAAGCUUUUCUCAACCCAGUCAAACACAGGAAAAACUUGCACGUAAUCAAACAUGCUUUUGUCACAUCCAUAUCGUUCACGAAGGACGACUUUCCAAAGGCGCAAGGAGUAAACUUUAUUUUGAGAAAUAAACAUAACCUACGAGCUGUAGCCAGAAAGGAAAUCAUUGUGUCUGCUGGAGCAGUUAACACUCCCAAAUUAUUGUUACUUUCUGGAAUCGGAAGAAAGUCAGAUUUAGAACCCUCAAAUAUAGUUCAACGAGCUGAUUUGGGCGUAGGAUAUAAUCUACAGGACCAUGUGGCCAUACCACUUUUCUACAAAUUUACAAAGUCGUCUAAACGAAACAUCAACCUCAAUUUGGAAAAGGUGCUGAAUCUAUUUGAUUUCGCAUUGAAAAAUCGUUCGCAGCCCAUAACGCAUCACCAUAUGGCAGGUCUAACACUGAAUAUGAAUACAUUGAACGCAUCUGAAUCAUUUCCUGACGCGCAAGUGGUUUACCAAUUGUUCAAGAAAGGUGGAUUUACUUCGUAUGGCGUCCUUCGGAAAAUUGGAUACGAUUUGGAAAUGAUCAGAUCAGUUUAUCAAGCAGAACAGGAAGCCGAUGUAGUGAUGGCAAUGAUAAGCAUUCUGGAACCUAAAUCAAAAGGAACAAUUAAGAUAGUUGCUGCAGAUCCUUACAAAGAUCCCGCCAUAAAGCCGGCAUACUUUAGCGAAUAUGAGGAUCUGAAGACUCUCAUCCGGUCAAUUAGAAUCCACCAGCAAAUGCUUACCACAAAUUCAUUCACCAAAAACGGAGUCAAGCAUUAUCGAUUGAAUAUUCCAGCAUGUGCGUUCAUUCUGUAUGAUUCUGACGAGUACUGGGAGUGUUACAUUCGACAUCUUUCCACCAGUAUGUAUCGUCCAGCCGGAACGGCCAAAAUGGGACCUGAUAGUGACUCGGAAGCAGUAGUAGACUCCAGGUUGCGGGUUCGGAAUGUGCGGAACUUACGAAUAGUAGAUGCGAGUAUAAUGCCAAGAAUUGUUAGUGCGGGUUUGUUGGCGCCAGCGAUAAUGAUUGGUGAAAAAGGAGCAAACAUGUUGAAACAGGAUCACCAAAUGUGAAAUAAAUUGAUAUUG